GUUUUCGUCGGGCGGUGUGAUUGGUGCAGCCAGUCCCAAUGUCUGCCCCACCGCGAUACUGUUUCCCCCCCCUCCUCCCCUCCUGUGAGCAACACUGGGGCUAGCUGAACUCUUGUCGUCCCCGGGUUAAGGUCCCUGCUGAAGUAUCUACCUAACAUAAUUGUGCCCUGGAUCUGGAAGGCUGUGUUUGAGAGAGGUUAAUAAUGUCUGAACUGUUUAUGGAGUGUGUGGAGGAGGAGCUGGAGCCUUGGCAGAAACAAGUCCCUGAUGUCCAAUUGAUAGAGGAUGAUGAUGACGACGAUGAUGAACCCAUCUUUGUUGGAGUGCUUUCUAAUAACCAAAAGGAGGGUAAGCCUAACCCUCCACCUCCUCAGAGAAGCAAUGCUGUGAAACCCGAAACAAAGCGUCCUGCUCCUCAGCCGGCUGUAGGCUCCUCACCCAUAAUGCUGCCUUUGAAUGUGGCUGGAAAUGCAGUGAACACAGCAGCACCAAAUGUGACGACAGUGACUCCCCAGCCUGUUAUUGUCAACAACCAGGGCUUUAUUGUCGCAUCUCCAAAUUUGGCAAACAGAGAUUUUCUCGCCUCUCUUGGGAACCAGUAUCCUCCUGGGACUUCAUUUACAUUCGUUUCAGCUGGUCAGCAGCAGCUCUUUCAGCAGGUCGCUCCAGGGACAGUAAUACCUGCUGCUGUCCACAGACCUCAGGUGCAACAAAUCAGCAACAACAUAGUGACGCUGGCUAACGUCCGAAGCCCCACUGUGUACUCAACGCAAGCUACUCCACUGCAACUCAACCUCUCCAACUCACAACAUCCCCAGACCUUCGCUGUACCUGUACAGACCAAUAACAAUAACAGAGAUCAAAAAUUAGUUAAGCGAGGAAUGCCACCGCAACAAACAGACAACGCAGCAAAAAGACUCAAGGUCGAUUUUGGGCCGACAAACGCUGCGGUCCCAGUGGAAAAUGGGGUCGAUAAGAAAAAGUGCCCCAAGUGUGAAGAGGAUUUUCUCACACUUGAGGCACUGAGAAAUCACAUGACGUUCUUUCAGGGCAGCUGUGCAAAUGUUCACAGCACAGCUACAGACAAUAGUUCCAACAAGCGCAUCAUGCUCGUCUCAGAUUUCUAUUACGGCCGCUUCGAGGGGGACAGGAACAAGAAGGAUACGACAACUAGGUCCAACAACACGUUCAAGUGCCAGAGCUGCUUGAAAGUUCUUAAGAACAAUAUCAGGUUCAUGAACCAUAUGAAGCACCACCUGGAGCUGGAGAAGCAGAACAGUGAGAGCUGGGAAAGCCACACAACCUGCCAGCAUUGCUACCGGAAAUACGGGACUCCAUUCCAGCUGCAGUGCCACAUCGAGGCCGCACACAGUUCCAUUGAAUCCUCAACCAAUUGCAAGAUUUGUGAGCUGGCGUUUGAAUCAGAGCAGGUUCUCCUGGAACACAUGAAGGACAACCACAAGCCCGGGGAAAUGCCCUACAUGUGCCAGGUCUGCAAUUACAGGUCCUCUUUCUUCUCCGAUGUGGAGACACAUUUCCGAAGCGUCCAUGAAAACGCCAAAGACCUGCUCUGUCCGUUCUGUCUCAAAGUUCUGAAAAGUGGUCAUGUGUACAUGCAGCACUACAUGAAACAUCAG